UCCCAGGGAGCUGUCCUCCCAGGCGCUCAGAGCCGGUCUGUGAAUGGACAGCAAGAGAAAAGCUUCUAACUGAUUAACUCAUUAAACCUGGAAAACAACAGCCAUUCUCAGUGGAGGCUUAACUCCUUACACACGCUGUAAGUGAUCUCAAAAUAUCCCGGAUUACAGAAGAUGGGAUUCACCUUUGUUCUGGUCUUGCCAGCACUGGUAGUGCUGGUAGCAGGGGUCUAUUAUGUGUACAACGAAGUGAUCCGGUUAAUGUCAAAGUCUAUGGUGCGGAACAAAGUGGUCGUGAUAACAGAUGCCGUGUCAGGAGUGGGAACAGAGUGUGCCAAGCUCUUUCAUAAGGGAGGGGCCAGACUGAUCCUGUGCGGGAAAAGCUGGGAUAAGUUAGAGUCUCUGUCAGAUGACCUCAGCAGUGCGUCAGACCCCAGCGUGACAUUCACACCCAAGCUGGUGUUGCUGGAUUUCAGUGACAUAGACAGCAUGCCAGAUGUGGUCACUGAGGUGCUGGAGUGCUAUGGCUGUGUGGAUGUGCUGAUCUGCAACAGCAGCCUGAAGAUCAAGGCUCCCGUGCAGACCCUGUCUCUGGAGAUGGACAAAACCAUCAUGGACACAAACUACUUUGGUCCCAUCACUUUAGCCAAAGGUGUCCUGCAGUCUAUGAUCUCAAGGAGGACCGGCCACUUGUUACUGGUCAACAGCAUUCAGGGAAAACUGGCUGUACCCUUUCGCACGUCUUACGCUGCCUCCAAGCAUGCUGUCCAGGCCUUCUUUGACUGCCUGCGGGCAGAAGUGGAGGAGUAUGGAAUCUCUGUCAGCACUAUCAGCCACACCUUCAUUACUGCUGUACCGCAGGACGGCGUGCCGUCACCCAAGCCUAAAAACGCCCUCUUGUCACUCUUUUCCAGGCAUGGGGUCUACCCGGCAGAGCUGGCUGAGGAGAUCCAAUGCACUAUCAGCAGGAAGAAGAAGGAAGUGCUCAUGGCUCACCCCAUCCCCAUGGCUGCACUGUACAUCAGAUCCUUCUUCCCCAGCCUCUUCUUCGCAGUGGUGUCGGCCGGGGUUAAGGACAUGGCCAUCGCAGAGCAGCUGCAGUAGAAACAAGACCAAAUGGAAGAAAAUCAGAGAGGCUGCGCUGGAUGCAAUUUGUCUUUGUUCCACAAUGUUUGUACACUGAGGCUAGCAUUUCAUUUAAUUAACCACCCAUGCCACUGACAAAAAGUAUUAUCUCAGAGGCAGAUUAAUGAUUAAUGCUUACAGUAGUAUGUUUUUUAUUUUUAUGUAGUAUGCUUUUUAGUUACUAUGAACAACGUGACUUCAUACAAUAGUUUGUGUUUUAAUUACUGCAAACUACUUAUUCCAAUGUGUGAAUCACUAAGAUCUUCAAGUUGGACUGACCCUUGUUCCAUUGUUUGUAAUUGUGAACAAGUGAAAUAAUCAAUAAGCCAAUUCAUGGGAAAUUAUUAAAUAACUAGUGGUGCUAAUAAAAAUAUAUAUUCUGUAA